AUGCCAGGUGUAUCAGUUAGGUAUGUCAGUGGAGGUCAAUAGACGCCAUUAAUAGUGCAUUUUUUUUGCCAAUCCAGGGAAACUCGUGGAAUGAUAUAAGUCUGUCGUGGUGGACGGAAAGAGCUCGGGGGAAUGGGUGAAACCACCCGCAGCUCUUGUGCAAAACUCAACCUCAAUUGAAUCAGUCUUGAAUUCAAGUUGAUUUUUUUUUUGUUUUGUUAGCCCCCUCCCCGUGUUGUGCUCAACAUGGUUUAUAUCAUUUUUUGCCUGUUGCUGGAAGAAUUCAUAAAAAUUGCUUUGCAUUACUAACAGGUUUCUUUUUUCUUUCAACAGAGACGUUGACGCUCAAGAAUUCAUCAACGCUUACGCACAAUUCUUGCAAAGACAAGGUAAGUUGGAAGUUCCAGGUUACGUUGAUCUCGUCAAGACCUCGGCCGGUAACGAAUUGCCACCACAAGAAGCCGAAACUUGGUUCUACAAGAGAGCUGCUUCCAUUGCCAGACACAUCUACUUGAGAAAACACGUUGGUGUUGGUGCUUUGAACAAAUUGUACGGUGGUGCUAAGAACAGAGGUUUCAGACCACACAAGCACGUUGACGCUUCAGGUUCCAUCAACAGAAAAUGUGUUCAAGCUUUGCAACAAAUUGGUGUUUUGGAAAUCUCCGAAAAGGGUGGUAGAAAGAUCUCAGAAAACGGCCAAAGAGAUUUGGACCGUAUUGCUGCUCAAACUUUAGAAGACGACGAGUAA